AGAGAGAGAUGGCGGACGCAGCAAUAGAAUUCCUGCUUAACAACCUCAAGGAGCAAGCGGUGUACCACAUCAAUCUAAUCAACAACGCAGAAAUAAACAUCGAGAAGUUGAAGGAACAUCUCGUCGUGUUCAAAGCCUUCCUCAAGGACACAGCGAAGAAGCGGGAAGGCGAUCAAAUAAAGGAGAUGCGGAAGAAAAUUUACAGUGCUGUCUAUGAUUGCGAAGAUAUCAUUGAUGCUUACAUCUCAAGGUCCAAAGAGUCGGGGCGGAAGAAUCGUUUUCUAGCGAAGUUCCUAGGUAAUAGCACCAACAGUCUCCAUAGCAUUGGCAAGACAGUAGAGGCGAUCAGCGGCCGGAUCGAACAGUUGAGGAAAGAAAUCGACCUCCCCAACGUCGAGAGAGACAAGGAUGAUAAACCACCUGAGACUCGACCGCCAAGGAAGGACGGUAAAGUGGUGGGGUUUGCAGACGUGACAGAAAGCCUCAUACGGCGUCUAACUGAAGAAACCGACGAAUUUGAUGUCAUUUCUCUGACGGGUAUGUUCGGACUGGGCAAGACGACGCUGGCAUGGAAGGUUUUUAGCGAUCCUACAAUCAUACUACGGUUCCCCACCCGCAUAUGGCUUUCUGUUUCACAACAAUUCACAGAGAGAGAAAUCUUUCUACGCAUCCUCGAAUAUUUUAUCCCAGUGGACGACACGCUACGCAACAAAAAUCCCGAUGAGUUAGCUGAUAUUGUUGCGGAUUAUCUCCGGGGAGGCAGCUCCCUGAUAGUGAUGGACGACGUGUGGACGGAAGAUGAUUGGGAGAAGCUUAAAAAGGCUCUGCCGUUGGAGGAAAGAAGAAGUAAAGUCUUGAUCACCAGUCGCCAUGAGAACGUGGGAGCGGUUGCUAGUAUGCCAAGACCUUCUGUUGCGUUGCGUAAAUUUACUAAGGAUGAAAGCUGGGAGCUGUUCCGGUGGGAGGCGCUCCAGACGCUCUAUUGCCCUCCCAAAUUGGAAGACGUGGGGAAGAAAAUUGCAGAAGAUUGCGAUGGAUUGCCACUUGCGAUAGUAGUCAUAGGAGGCAUCCUUUACGAGCCGGGAGACUCGGAUGUGGAUAUAAGAAGAGAGAAGUGGCUGAAAGUGUCCGGGAAUGUGACCUCCUAUAUCACGGAAGAACCCGCGGCACGCAUGAAAAAAUUCAUAUCUUUGAGUUAUGUGAAUCUUCCUGAUCACUUGCGGCCUUGCUUUCUUUAUCUGGGGUUGUUCCCGGAAGACUACGAGAUUUCAGCCUCGAAAUUGAUCCGCAUGUGGAUUGCAGAAGGAUUCAUCCAACAGAAGGUUGCACAUAUUUCAUUGGAGGAGGUUGGACAGGAUUGUCUCAAGAAUCUUAUUAGUAGAAACUUAGUCAAAGCUCUCAAGUUUAGAGCUGAUGAUAGUGUUAAAACAUGCCAGAUUCAUGAUACGUUGCUCGAAUUCUGCCGCGUUGAAGCCAGCAAUGAAGAUUUUCUCCAAGAGAUCAAGCUCAACCAACAAGGGAAAUGUGUGCCUCCAAUCACUGAUGUGUGCCGCCGUAUUUCUAUUCAUUCUGAUUGCGAGCGCUACAUCUCAUUGAAACCUUCCGCUCCUCGUGCCCGUUCAUUUGUUUGUUUUUCAGAAAAACCCUACGCGCUGUCUGCGCAGGACAGCACAAAGAUCAUUAAAGCCUUCAAGUUUCUCAGAGUUUUCGAUGUUCAACCCUUCAAAUUCAACGAAUUCGAUUCUGAGCUCUACAAUUUGAUCCACAUGAGGUACAUUGCAUUGUCCAUCUCGUUUGCAAUGCUUCCUUCGUAUUUCGACAAGAUGUGCAACAUACAAACUCUUAUCAUCAACACCACAUCUCGUACCCUUAAAGUUAAAGCCAACAUAUGGAAUAUGAAUCACUUGAGGCUUUUCAAGACGAAUGCCUCGGCUACCUUUACCCAACCCAAGUCCACUGACUGUGCAACUGAGCUCCAAACACUCGGCUUGAUCUCAGUGGAAAGUUGCAAGGGACUUCAUAAGAGUGCUCCCAAUCUGAAGAAAUUGGGCAUCCGUGGGAAACUAGCCUUGCUUUUUGGCGAAGAGGGAUCUUUUGAUAGUUUGAGGAACAUAAAACAUCUUGGAAAGUUGAAACUGGUAAACGAUGAUUCACAAGCAACGGGCCUACUUAAUUGCCUACCAAGAAGUGAUCGAUUCCCAUCUGGACUUACGAGCCUCACACUGUGCUCGACUUUCCUCAAAUGGGAAGAAAUCUCUAUUCUUGGAUCACUUAAGAAGCUCGUGGUCCUCAAGUUGAAAGAUCGUGCAUUCAUCAGAAACAGCUGGACGUCAGUUGGAGUUGAAAAUUUUCCAUCUCUUCAAUUAUUGCACAUUGAAGGGACAAAAUUAGCUUUCUGGGAGGCCGAAUCCCAUCACUACCCCAAGCUUAGAAGCCUUGUGCUCAAGGAUUGUGACGAUCUUCGCCAAAUUCCAAUUCAUCUGGCUGAAAUACAGAGAUUCAAGAUGUUGGAGUUGGUUACUUGCCCAGCUGCAGUUGGCGCUGCCAAGAAAAUUGCUGCUGAAAAGAAAAAGAUAUAUGGUGAAGGCUCUGGAUUCAAGCUCUCCAUCUUUCCUCCUCCAGCUGAAUGAUGAAGAUUUGUUUAUCUUUGCCAACACAUGUCACACAUUUGCAAUGUGGCUGGCUGCAGUAACUGCUGCACUUCAUUUGUUAUGUUGAAUUAUUUCCCUUCUUAGGUUUGUGUUGAAUAAAAGCCGCAUUUGAUUCGGCUUGUAUGUGAACUUGGAAAACAAUUCUUUGUUGUGUUGAAUUGGAUCAAAUUUCUUUGUUUACCAUGUUAAUUUGUUUGUGUUCAUUGAGCACCUUUAGAACAGCCUAUAUGAGUAUACUUUCUGCUUCAUAUAGAGGCUGUUGGCUAGUGAUUUCGUCAUGUAAAGCGCCUCCAACUUUGUCCAGAUUCCGGGGGCAUUCGUCUCCUUAGAGACUUCCCUCAACACCUUGUCCCCAAGAUUUAAGAUCAAUAU